AUGGUAGCCGAAGUUACUAGUGGAUUAAAACGGCAAUUCUUGAUCGCUGGAUGCUUGUACUUAGGCCAGUUGGUAUUGGGCUACACAUUAGGAUGGACAGCUCCAGUGAUAGCUCUACUCCAGAGUCCAGAGCAGACAAUAUUGGAAACUCCGAUAACUGUUGAGCAAGCGUCCUGGAUUGUGUCAACCAGUUUCGCUGGAGUUCUUACAGGUCCUUACAUUGCUGGGUACCUUUGUAAUGUAAUUGGUAGAAAGCCUGUACUGUUCAUUGGUGCUGUGUUCAUGAUAAUUGGGUACAUAAUAAAGGCAUUAGCUAAACAUGUAGCUGUUAUAUAUACUGGUAGGGCAGUCGCAGGAUUUGGGAAUGGAAUGCUAUUCGUCAUUAAUUUAGUCUAUCUUGGAGAAUUAGCAUCAACAAGUAUUCGUGGGACACUUUUAACAUUAACAGGAUUUUCAAGUACUUUUGGUACUUUAGUAGUUUACUGCAUUGGACCAUUUGUGUCCUACGCAGCAUUAUCAUGGAUAGCGGUGGGCAUUGGAGUAGUUUACAUCAUUUUACUAUUCUUCAUUGUUCCUGAAACUGCUGUUUUUCUUGUUAUGGCUAAUAGAAGAGACGAAGCGAUGGAUCUCCUCACAUCACUGGGCAGAAAAGACGACAUAGAUGAUGUAGUGGCUAAAGCAAAUGAGAAACCAAUGUCAAACAAAGCUCAAAUGGCUGAAAUGGUUACCGUAAAAUCGAAUAGGAAAGCAUUGUUCAUAAUUCUCGUUCUGAACAUUCUACAACAAUUCAGUGGUAUAAUAGCGGUAAUAUCCUUUGCUACAACCAUUUUUGAAUUGACUGGGUCAUCUAUGGAGUCCUAUAUAUCUACCAUAAUUGUUGGAGUCACACAGGUCGGUGCAGCGAGUAUUGCACCUCUGUUUGUAGAUAGAACUGGGCGAAGAAUUCUAAUGUUGAUCUCUACUGCAGCUUGUACUAUAAGUUUGGUUGCUCUUGGUGUUUACUUCUUCCUAUACGAUAAUGGGUAUGACAUCGCUGAGGACUUGCAGUGGAUGGCACUAGUAUCACUCGUGCUGUACUUCAUUGCUUAUUUUAGUGGAUUCGGUAUCAUCCCCAACACGUUUAUUGGAGAAAUGUUCACUGACAACUGCAGAGGAUUCAGUUCCACCUUUACCGUCAGCAUUGGAUGGGUCUUCGGCUUUGGUGUAUCGGCUGCGUUUGGGUACAUGUUGCCUGCUUGGGGACCAGCAGUGACCUUCUGGAUCUUCGCUGGAGCUUGUGGCAUAGCCUUAGUGUUUAGCGUAAUAUUCGUACCAGAGACCAAAGGAAAGAGCUUAUUGGAAAUUCAAGAGAUCUUAAGUAAAUAG